AUGGCUCCUCCCAAAACCCUCAAUUUCAUCACCGGCAACAAAAACAAACUUGUCGAGGUGAAAGCUAUUUUGGGCGAUACUAUUGACCUUCAAAGUCAAUCUCUCGACCUCGUUGAGAUUCAAGGAACUAUUGAGGAAAUCUCUAGCGAUAAAUGCCGAAGAGCUGCAGAAAUUAUUCAAGGUCCAGUGCUAGUUGAGGAUACAUGUUUAUGUUUCAAUGCAUUAAAGGAAUUGCCUGGUCCAUAUAUUAAAUGGUUUAUGGAUAAACUAGGUCAUGAUGGACUGAAUAAUAUGCUUGCUGGAUUUUCAGAUAAAUCUGCACAAGCAGUGUGUACAUUUGCCUAUUCUGAAGGCCCGGGCCAUGAACCUAUUAUCUUUCAAGGAAGAACAGACGGCAAGAUCGUACCUGCAAGAGGUCCAGCUGCAUUUGGUUGGGAUCCUAUUUUCGAGUAUGAAGGUCAAACAUACGCCGAGAUGGAGAAAGUUAAGAAGAACAAAAUCUCUCAUCGUUUCCGAGCACUCGAGAAAUUGAAGACAUGGCUGCAAGAAGAAGCAUAG